CAGCCAUUACGGGGUGAUAGUGAAUGCAGUUGAACGGGAGAGAAGAGAGAUCAAGGACCGUGCACUACAGAAACUGGCAUCCUCUUUUGAAUCAACAACAGCCCAUUAUGAGUGAACUCUUAGAUGAAGACAGUGUGAGUGAUGGAUGCAGCGAUGAUGUGUCCACCAUCAGCCUCAUAUCUGAAGCUCCCAGUCAGCCUCUGACUUUGAGUGGAGAAUCGAACAGUGGUGCCUCCAGCCCCAGACCUAUCUCUGAAGGUCCCAACAAGCCCACAAGUGAGUGUUUGAGCCAGGAGGACUGGAGCAGAGAAGCAGACAUAAGCGCUUCCUCCAGCGCCAGCAGUGUCUCUGCAGGCCCCAGCCAGGUACCUCAGCUUCGCCUCCCAUCAGCCAGAGCCCUUCCACCUAGAGGGGUGAAGAGCUGGACGAGACCUGGGGCUCGUGAUGACUCGAGAGCCGCAGAUAGCAACGCAUGUUUGGGAGACGCCACAAGCCUUGCCGAUGAUGAGGGCGAUGACGAUGAUGAGAUCUGGAAUGCUAUCAGAGGCAUCACAACGGUGGACAACGCUGGAGACUGUCAUCUUAGUGAUGCUUCCAGCUCUACUGAGUUUAAUCAAGACCCUGAUGAAGGAUCGAGCAACCGUUUUGAUUUGAACGAUGAUUACAGCCUGCUUGCGGCCUUCAGUGACCCUCGUCUCAGAAGAAACUUGAGAAAGCCAACCACCACCGCCAAAGGCAUCGACAACGCCAGCCUCCGCCCAGUGCGGAAAGUCAUGGUGCUGGUGCCGACAUGCUGGAACGAGCCCGCGGACAGCCAGGAAACCUCAGAGGAGGAAGACUGCGCGGCCUCCACUGACCAUGACUCACCCGUCCUGGACAUUAGUGCAGCUGAUGCAUCUGCCGACUCCCCUCAGCAGCAGACACCCACCCAGCAGCUGCUGCAGGACCAGGCUGUUGUUGAGGAGGACGCAGCCGAGCGAGGUAGUGGAAGUGUGGCCAGCGUGGAGGAGGGCACUCAGGAAUGUGAGAAGGGGGUCUGCUGCCCUUUCCUGAGACGCCUGGGCAAGAACCUCAGGAGCCUGGGCAGGAGAAGCAGGAAGGUGGAGCCCCUUAGCAUUCCCCAGGCAAUGCAGGAGACCAAAGAGACCCCACGCGAGGAGACUAGUGAUUUGGAUAAGACGGAGGAGUUAGUCAGGCAGGAACUCAGGGAGGAACUCGGCGUGGUGGAACAAGAGGACGGUCAGAAACCUCAGGGGAUUUGCGCCUUCUUUAGGCGCCUUGGUGGAAUGGUAAAGAGGAGGCGGAAGCAGAACGCAGCCAAUAGGAAAGGCCUGAGGAGGAUCCUCUUCAGUGCGUGCUGCUGCUACAAGUAGGGAAAAAAAGAAAAGAAGGGAAGGGAUGGGAAGACAUGGGGAUCUGGUCUGGGCAAAAAUACUUAAAAGUAGCCAUGGUCAUUACAUUCAUCUUUCCCAUCAUAUGGUUGUUCAAAUGUGCCUGCACAUAUUGUGUUGCAUAUGAGUGUGAGCUGUUUCAUUGGCCUGGGCUCACUCAUACACACCAAAUUUCAAGUCUUGUUCAUGUCUUGUUAUGCUACAGAUUAAUGGUGUACUGUAUUUGGGCCAGCACACUUUUGAAAUGAUCUUGCGGGGUGAAGAAAAUAACUCUGCGGGUCCCCCUGGUGGUAAAAUUACAGCCCUUAGAACUUGAGAGAGAGACUACUUGAGUUCUAUGAGUCCAACCCUUAAGUUUACUGCGUCCUUUUCUCCAGAGCAAAGAUUGCCUUAUCUUUCCCUCACUUGGCCGAGACAUGCUAAGCAGGUGGUCCAGCAGAUGUCCGUUUCUGAAGACAUCACAACUCACCAGCUCAUCACAACUGUGUGCACGUCCAAGCAUGGGUCAGAGAAAAUGGGCAAUUGUGUGGGGUAUAAUUGUGUGAGACCAGUAGAGAAUAAAUAAAUCACUG